UAAAGUGUGAAAGAGGAAGCAAGAGGGAAUUUUCUUUUAGCCCGGAGAAGAUGCUUCAAAAGGGGAGUUUCACUCUGCUGGAGGCAAAGAACUACCAAGAGAGCAGAGAGAGGGGACAGAGGGAAAGAGAGCUGAGAAAACACAGAGGUCAGAAUGGCCUGCGCUGCUCUUGUAGUCUAUCUUAAUCUUUGCCUUAUUAUUCUGGAAACAGGACAUGCCACUGAAAAGGGUACCCGAGUGCCUCAAGCUACUGCUCCAGGAGAUAUCAUCAUCGGAGGAAUCUUUCCCAUUCAUGAAGACGUAGCCAAAGAGAAUAACUCGUAUGCACCCCACAUACAGCCGUGUAUCAGGUUGGACAACAGAGGCCUGGUGAAGGCACUGGCUAUGAUCAAUGUUAUAGAGACCAUGAAUAAAUCCCCUCUGCUGGCUGAUGUUAAUAUCACUCUGGGCUACCAGAUCAUGGACUCCUGCUCUGAUGUAAGCACAGCUCUGAGAGCCACAGCACACUUCACCCAGCAGGCCAACUGUCCCACCUGUGCCCAGCCAGUCAUUGCUGUUAUAGGGGCCACUCACUCUGAACUGUCCAUUGCCAUCGCCAGGCAACUGACUCUCAAGAUGAUUCCUCAAAUCAGUUAUUCAUCGACCACUGCAAUUCUCAGUGAUAAAAGUCGCUUUCCUGCCUUCAUGAGGACCAUUCCUAAUGACCAGCAUCAGACAGCUGCCAUGGCCAGUCUGCUCAGCAUCUAUGGCUGGAACUGGGUGGGUAUAGUUACCACAGACGGAAAUUAUGGCCGGUCAGCUCUCGAUGACUUUGUGUCCCACGCUUCUAAAAAGGGGAUCUGUGUGGCCUUUAAAUCAAUAUUACCUCAAUCUAUAACCAGUCAAGAUGUCGCCUCUGCCAUCACGGCGGCUGCCGAAACCAUCUGCAAGAAUCCCAAGGUACAGGUGAUUGUGUCAUUUGCCAAGGCGAGGCACAUGAUGAACCUUUACGAGGAGCUAAAGAAUCAGGUGCUGAAAUCAGGAGGGGCCUUGGAGUCAAUGAGAAGAGUCUGGGUAGCCAGUGACAGCUGGUCCUCCUCCAGCUCUGUGAAAGGGAACUUCACUUUAGAGGACAUAGGACAUGUUGUUGGCCUCACCUUCAAAAGUGGAAACCUGUCGUCAUUCAGUGAGUACCUGAGCAGGUUGGAAGCAGCUGGACAUGACUACACAGGGGAUAACUCCUUCUUGCAGGAGUUCUAUAUGAAGCUAAAUGCUAGUAGAGAUGCUAAGCUGAUGUCUGAAGCUGUGAAGACCCUCAGGGAACACACUCACGCCGACACUGUCUUCAGUGUUGAGAUGGCAGUUAGCGCUGUCACUCAGGCUGUGGUGUCUAUCUGCAGGAGCAGAGACUGCAGAAAACCAGGCACAGUGCAACCAUGGGAGGUGUUGGAGGCUCUGCGGAUGCAGGAGUUCAAACUUAGACAAAAGAGCUACACAUUUGACAGCAGAGGAGACAUCAACCUGGGCUAUGAUGUGAUAAUGUGGAGGUCAGACGGAGGGAAAAUUCAUGUCCAUGAUGUUGUAGCUGAGUAUCACUUACUCAAAAACAACUUCACCUACACCAACUGCAGCACCACCCAAAGUCUCCGGGACCUGAAGUUCAUCAUCUCAAAAUGUUCUACAAGCUGCAUCCCUGGAGAGUCCAAGAAAACAGUUGAGGGCCAACACACAUGUUGUUAUGAGUGCAUCAACUGUACUGAAAACUACUACUCUAAUGACACAGAUAUGGACCAGUGUCUGAGUUGUGACACAGACACAGAGUGGUCUCCUAAGGGCAGCUCAAGGUGCAUCUUCAAAGAGCUGCUCUUCUUCUCCUGGCAGGACGGCUUUGCUGUGGUGCUCCUAACAUUUUCUGUCCUGGGCAUCCUGCUGGCUCUGCUGGUGUCAGCUCUGUUUUUACGUCAGCGUGAAACUCCUGUAGUGAAGGCUGCCGGAGGGCCACUGAGCCAGGUCAUUCUGUUCUCCUUGGUCAUCAGUUACAUCAGUGCCGUGCUGUUUGUUGGUCGGCCCAACAGUUUCCAGUGUAAGGCUCGACAGGUGCUCUUUGGCAUAAGCUUCACUCUGUGUGUCUCCUGCAUCCUAGUCAAAACCCUGCAGAUCCUGCUAGCCUUCCAGUUUGAUCCUAAGCUGCAGGAAGUUCUGCGGAGGCUCUACAAGCCUUAUGUCAUUGUCAGCAUUUGUGUGGCCUUACAGGCAGCUACCUGCAUUUGCUGGCUGGUCCUCAAAAGUCCAGUUAAUGACACCACCAGUCAACCAACCACUCUGCUGGAGGAAUGUAAUGAGGGCUCAUAUUUAGCCUUCGGGGUGAUGCUAGGCUACAUAGCUGUCCUGGCUUUUGUGUGUUUCAUCUGUGCCUUCAAAGGACGCAAACUGCCACAGCAGUACAAUGAGGCAAAGUUCAUCACCUUCAGCAUGCUGCUCUACCUCAUCUCAUGGCUGCUCUUUGUUCCUGUCUACAUCACCACUUCAGGAGUGUACCUGCCGGCUGUGGAGAUGGUGGUCAUUCUCAUCUCCAACUAUGGCAUCCUCAGCUGUCAUUUCUUCCCAAAGUGCUACGUCAUCCUUUUUAAGAAAGAACAAAACACCAAGUAUGCUUUCAGGAAGAAUCUGUACGAUUACUCCAGCAAAACCACAAGUGCUGUCUCUGUUUGUGAGAGUCCGGCAUCAGAUCAACAGUUCAGUGGUCAACCCUACAUCAUCAGUGCUUCAUCCCUCUCUGUACCUAGAGCCAACCCUGUGGAACCUGCUGUGAGGACAAACUGCAGAUUUGAAAAAAGCUACACAGGUUUAAACAGAGGUUCAGUCACACGGCACUGCCUCAGAAGAAGCACCAGCAUAUAAACGUUUUACAUGAACAUGAUUAUUUAAAAUUAGUUGCAAGAAAUCAUUUAUAUUUUUUUAAUUUAUACUGAACUGUACAUGUGAAAACAAACUUUACCCUGUGUAUACUUUGUUCAUGUGUUCUUGUACUUGUCUCCACUUGUUUUGCAACCCUUACUGCCUAAUACAGUGUAU